CUGGUGGUAGCAGGGACCGAAAUGUCCUUCAUAUAAGCCGGUGACAAAGUGGCGAGCGGCGGCACCCGAGCAGCAGAGAUCACCGCCGGUACCCAGCGAGAGAGAGCAGCAGAGCAGAGCAGAGCAGAGCAGAGGGACAGAGAGAGGAGGAGACCGGAGCGCCGAGCAGCACAUACUGUAUCCCACAGCCAACCGGUUCCACGGCAACACGCAGCCGAGACACACGGAGAGAGCAGAGCGGCAGAGAGACAGAGGGAACUAAUCCGGACUGAGCAUCUUUUUCACUCCAACGACAGAGCCGUUCCGUGGCAGCAGACAUGGGUGUGACCUCUCGCCCUCUGCUGUUGGUGUGCGCAUGCUUUGCGGCCGCGCUGGUCGGCGGAGCCCGCGCCGAGGGGAUGUGUCUUCAGGACGGCAAGCACAAGGCCGCGCCCGGCCCGGAGCCGCACCUGAGGGACUGUGCGCUGUACGCAGACAAUAGCUGCUGCACAGACGAAGACAUCCAGGACAUCUCCCAUGUCCCCUCUGCCAGCAACAAGAACGAGCCCUGGGACAAAUGUGGGCCUCUGAGCUCCGAGUGCGAGGGCUUCCUGAAGCGCGUGUCGUGCUUCUACCGCUGCUCCCCGGAUGCCGCGCGCUGGCCCCAUCCCCAUCGCCGCUCGUACAUCCAGGCCGUGCCGCUCUGCCACAGCUUCUGUCGUGAUUGGUUUGACGCCUGCAGGAUGGACUUGACGUGUGCUCGUAACUGGGCCAGAGACCCCAGGGGACAGAACUGCACUGGAUCCUGUGUCCAGUACCAGCAGAUGUACCAGCAUGGCAGGGACCUCUGCGAGAGCCUGUGGGGCGACGCGUUCAUGACAGUGGAGGAUGAUCCGGAGGACGGGGGAGAGGCUGGCGAUGGCGGGCGCCCCUGCGGCUGCCUGACCCUCAGCCCGUCCGACAAGGACGUGAUCGCUGCCCUCCGGGCCCAACGGGACGACCCGGAGGAGCUGGACACCACCAAGACGGGCUUGCCCCAGUACCGGGCCCCCUGCCAGACCAAGCUGCCCCUGCAGGCCAGGAGUGGCAAGAAGGGGAACUCCGUCAUGCGCAAACGCUCGGUCAUGGUCGACGACAUGGAGGGGAGCGGCAGCGGUCUGUAGAGAGAAGUGAUACAUGGCAAUGCAUUUAAAGUUCAUUGUAGAUCCUAAUAUUCAAAAUGUAUCUCUUGAAAUGCAGUGGUAAGCUUGCUCCUGUAAUUAACCUUACCACACAAACCCAAUCGCCCAUUAUCAUUAUCAUUACAUUUCAGAUAUAAUAUCUAUGAUUUGAAUUAGUACUUUAUUUGGCAUAUAGGAUAGACUUGACAUACGUGUAAUCAAUUAUUUGAUUGAACAACCUAAACGGUUACUAUUAAAGAUGCCCAAAAUUGAAUCAUAUAGUUGUAUUUGAAUUCUGCAAGGGCUCUGACUUCGACAAUAAGACUCUGGAUCAAUUGAUAUGAAACGAUGGUUGCACAAAUGUUUUAUUGCCAGCUAAGAAGAGGAUUUUUUCUUAAUCCAAGGUGGGUUUCUUAAUUGCUUUGUAUGGCUCAAGAAAAACUCAUCACUCAACAUUAAGAUAUGAGCUGUGGGAAAUGUAACGUGCAGCAGCUUUAGCAUUUCUGCGUGAAUCAAACUUUAACUAGAGGACUGUUUAUGACAUUACUGUAAACAUACCUGGACCAGUACUUCACUACCCUGCUACUAUUUUUUAGUCAUCCUGGUGACUUCAGUCUGUGCAUUAGUCAACUGUUUAAUGCAGAUCUUGCUUGUUGUGACGCUGUGCCGUGCAGUCUACAUGUCUUGAGGUAUGUGAAAUAGUGGAGAAAGUUGUGCAGAGUCAUGAUAAUCAUUGAAUGUAACUCGCAGAGACUCCUGGCCUGAGCCCAAGGUGUCCGGGAUAAUGACGACAAUGGAUGGUUUGCCAGAGAAAAUCCGCAGAGGCAGUGUUCGUACCAGAUAAUGUUGCUUUUUGGUAGUUUGCUCAUGCUCAUCGUCGGCGCACUGUGGGUGUUCCUUUUAUAACCAUGUCAUUGUAUUUCUAGAGCGGGGCAGUGUUAGAUGUAAAUGUUUUGUGGGGGGGAGGGGGGUAAAAAAGGGAAACCGAUUUGUCUGAUAUAUGGUAAACCUGAUGAAAUGGAUGUUUCUGCGCUUUUCUUUACCUUCUCAAUAAAUACAACAUUUCUACAUGUCA